AUCAAUUUUCUCCAUUAUUUUUUAUACCUUGGUUUGUGUUUCAAAACCCACUUCCUGCUCCUUUCAGCUCUUUUUGCUGUCAUGGAAGAUCAAGCAAAAAUCCCCAACAGUACUCCGCCUCACGCCUCCGAGAGAAGCGAGCCCGUGCGCUCCCGGUGGAGUCCCAAGCCUGAGCAAAUCCUCAUCCUCGAGUCUAUCUUCAACAGUGGCAUGGUCAAUCCUUCCCGAGAUGAAACCGUCAGAAUAAGAGAUCUUCUCGAGAAAUUCGGCCCUGUCAGCGAUGCCAAUGUUUUCUACUGGUUCCAAAACCGCCGCUCGAGAUUUCGCCGCCAACAGCGCCAGAUUCAAACCUCCAUCACCGGCGACCAGACCGGUGCUCAUCCCCGACCUGCCGGCGGUGUAAUACAUUACGAGGGUAGCACUAGUUCCAGUAGUGCUAUAGGGUUUCAGAUAACUGCUCCUCACUCUUUUCCUCUGUCGCUACCAUAUUCUUGUCUGGCUGUUGGUUCUUCUUCUUCUUCCGCUAGAGCUGCUGGCCACGAUGGCACCGAUGGCCUCUUUUCUGCCUCCAGCCCAAUGGGUUUCCCGGAAAUUGAUCAAAGUUCAUUUGUUUCGUUGAUUCCGUGCCCUUUGAAGACAUCCAAUUUGCACUGCCAACCCACCGGGUUCAUCACUGUUUUUAUUAAUCGAGUUCCUACAAACGUUCCAAGGGGUCCACUUGACGUGAAGGCUAUGUUUGGUGAAGAUGUGGUGUUGUUCCAUUCCUCAGGGGUGCCAGUCUCAGUUAAUGAGUUCGGAUUUUCAGCUCAGAGCUUGCAGCAUGGUGAAAGCUAUUUUCUGGUUUGAAGACCCACUUAAAUGGGACCAAAGGCCAUACAGACCAGCGAGAACUUCCUUUAUGAUCAAUCUGGACCACAUGCAGAUCUUAUUCUCAAUCUUAUUUUUCUUCCAGUUUCUCGUUCAAUUGGCCUUUUAUGUUUUAUUGGGAGUGAUCAAUCUUAUAUAUGUAAUAUUGCGUGACCUACCUGCAAGCUGCUACAUGAGAAAGAGAGACAGACAAAUGCAUGCAUCAGUUGUUUUCCAAUAUAAAAUAUCAGCAAAACCAGGAGCUACUUUUGAAA